UACAUGGAGGAAUUCUUGGUCUCAGCCGCCGCAUCGCUUUCGGUUCCUGAUACGUCCCUGCUCCGGCGGCAGAAUGCGGCGACCUUGCCGCCGCCAAUUUGUCUUCUCCUUCGGAGACGGUACCGCAAUGGCGUUCGAUUCAUCGCUCAAUCUGCAUAGAGAGUCCCUGUUCCAGUAUCGGGCAAAUCUGGCGCCCGUGCUGCUGGACUCUUCGUGUUCGUCUUCGGAUACGCUAUUUCAUGGAAAAAGCUUGAAGCUUCUGACCUUGAAGAGGCUAUUCUGAUUUCUGAUCAUCUCUGGAAAAGGAUUGGGAUAAAUGUAGUUACAGAUUGUAUCAAUUCUAGCUUGAUGAUGCAUGCUAGACACUGAUGAGGAAGAGUUUGCGUCUGUCGAUCUCUCUCUUUUUUUUUUUGCCAACAAUUAGAUGUGUCGAUUUUUGAGUGCAUUCAUUCUUUCAAUACUAAGUGUAUUCUCAUUUAAAAUUGAGUGCACUUAAUAUCCUUAUCCUUUUAGGAAGCACACUGUGAAGAACUCUAUUCUCUGUCAGUGGCCUGUUGUUAUUGUGCAAAUUAGGAGGUAGGAGAAUCAAAUAGUUUAAUCAAGAUGAGUAGAGAUUAGCUUUCCAGGAGUUUUGACAUUCUUUCAGAUUAAAUUGAUAAAAGCUGUCUGUUUGAAAAUACCAAGAGUUGAACUUGUGAAAGCUUUUAUGUUGUCUUUGGGGGGUAUAAUAAAUGAGAAUAUUAUCUUAAUAUGUCACCUUGACAUGGAAGAAUAAUUCUAGCAUUAUUGGAUAAUGCAAUGGGAAAAAGAAUGCCUCCACAAACUUCUUAUGACCUUGAAAUGCCAUAUAACAUCACAAGAAUAUCAUUAGUGAAUUUGAUGGUAAUAGGCCAAGCAAAAGAUUGUGUUAAACCUAUAUAGAUCCCUCGAUAGAGUUUUCUAUCGGAGGUGCUAUGUUCAUCAUGUAAUAUGGAGUCAAAAGAUUGCGAUGGAUCUAAACAUGGCACGACUAUAAAGAAGGCAUCCGACUUUGUGUUUGAAAUAGGCACCCUUCUUGCUUUAUUCUCCUCGCUCCUUUUCUUUCCAUUUCCUUGAAGGAAUUUCUCAGCGAUGGAUAGGAAUAGUUAUCUUGAGCAAGCAAUGGCCAAAGUAAUAAAGGUCUCUCAGAGGUCGGUGAGUGUAUAUAAGUUAUGCUUUGGAUUUACUACUUUUGCCACACUCACAGAGUGAGAUGAAUAGUUUGAAAAAGUUACCUUUCAAUUUGCUCACAAAGAUCAUUAUUCCAAGCCAAACCUACCAAAUCUAUUCAAAGUAAAUCUGCCGCGGAAGCAGCACAAAACAGAAUUUCAUAUUCUAGCACUGAAUUAUGAAAACUUACCCUCAGAAACAACAAAAAGAGGAGUUGAAGGCAUCACGGAUAAGUGAACAAGAUAAAGUACGCCAAAAAGAGUGGUGUUUAGAGAAAAGGAAUUCACUAAAGUCGCAAAGGAACAAAGUUGGUUAUCAGCAGUUAAAGCAACAACUAACAUCUCUCUACUGAGGUUUUUUGUUCUUCCAUCAUUCUAAACGCUACAUCACACACCACUCAAAUAAACAAACUCUGUCUCUCAACUCGGACGAAUCCUACAUAUUUCAAAACGGUUUCGCUGUCACAAUUGUUUCCAGUCCAUAUAUAUGAGUAUGAGCUUCUGGCAGUGUAGAAUAGGGUGGCUUAAGCUGAAUAGGAAAAUGUGAGGUAGAUGCCUAGCCGUCUUUCUCACCCACUUUAUUGUGGUGAUAAUGAAGGGGAAAACCUUUAGAAUUGGUGAUGACAUAACAAGAUUAUUCUACAAUUACAUGCAGAAAGAGCAUUGCCCUCAUUCACUCUUUUUUCUUUCAUCAUAAGAAAAUUGUUCCAUAUUUGUAACCAGCUUUAGCUAAUCAAGAGGGUUCUGUAACAAAUGAAAGAAAAGUUAGGGUUAGUAAAUAGAGAAAGAGAAAUGUAAUAGCUUAUUGCAACUUAAAACCCUAACUUCCUCCCAAACAAAGUCAAAAAAGCCAGUCAAAUGGAACACUAGAAAGAUAGUACAAAACAAAACAAAAUAAAAACUCGACCACCUUAUGCAUCUAUCUAUAUAUAUGCUCUUCCUCUCCAUCAGCUAACCCACACUGCUCUUCCACAAACCCUCUCUUCUUCCUUGUUCUUGCCCUUCCCUAAACCACAUACAGAACAGAGCAUGGCGCUCGUCGGACUUCUUCUGCCUGCCAUUCUCUCCUGGUUCUCUGCUGCACAAGGGUAUGGCUACGGAGGAUGGUCCGGUGCUCAUGCCACCUUCUAUGGCGGAAGUGAUGCCUCUGGGACAAUGGGUGGAGCUUGUGGCUACGGGAAUCUGUACAGCCAAGGUUACGGCACCAACACGGCGGCUCUGAGCACCGCCCUCUUCGACGACGGCUUCGCCUGCGGCUCCUGCUAUGAGCUCAGAUGCGUGGACGAUCCGCGGUGGUGCCUUCCGGGCUCCAUCGUGGUGACCGCCACCAACUACUGCCCGCCCAACUACGCCCUCCCCAACGACGACGGAGGCUGGUGCAACCCUCCCCGGCAGCACUUCGACCUCUCGCAGCCGGCCUUCCUCCGCAUUGCGCAGUACAGGGCCGGAAUCGUGCCGGUUGCUCACCGAAGGGUGCCAUGCCGGAGACGAGGAGGGAUGAGGUUCACCAUGAACGGCCACUCCUACUUCAACCUGGUGCUCAUCACCAACGUGGGGGGUGCCGGCGACGUGCGCGCUGUGUCCGUCAAAGGUUCAGGAACGGAGUGGCAGUCCAUGUCCAGGAACUGGGGCCAGAACUGGCAGAGCGGCGCGCGCCUCGACGGCCAAGCGCUCUCCUUCAAGGUAACCGCCAGCGACGGCCUCACCGUCGUCUCCUACAACGUCGUCCCUGCGUGGUGGUCGUUCGGCCAGAGCUACAGCGGCGGCCAGUUCGACUAGCAGCCCUUCUAGAACGAACUAGUAUGGAGUUAAGUUGGUAGUGGUGGACUCUUAAUUACCACCCUCCAUGUUUGUGUCGAGGACUUAGGACCCUAGUUUGGAUCAGUGCGAUCCUCCUAAUUAAGUGUUAUUGUUGUAUUGAGCCAUCUGCAUGGCAGUUCAACCAUGCAUACGAAGGCGAUGAACUUUGAGCUACGACAACUGUUGCUGAGUUAAAUCUACAAAAGAAUGUUGCAGAAGCAUACUAAUUACUAAAACAUACAGAUGAGUCUCAUCUUGGAUUGCCCUGAGGAGGAAGAGAGAUUAUGAGGAUUUUUUUGGUACGAGUUCCGGGGCAGGGGAUUCUGAGACUGCAUGUGGGUUCCUGAAGAUCUGAUGCUGUGUCGAAACUUUUUGUCAGAGAAUUAAGAGAAACGAGAUGGUUGGUGAACAGGUAGUUGGCUGAGUUAAUAAUAGAAGAAGGGUUGGGGCUCGUUCUGGCGUUGGACUCGAAUGGAUCGACAAGGGUGAUCUGUUCUGGAACUGAUGCAGCAAUGAGGAAGCAC